AUUCCUGGCCAAGGCUUUGUUUGACAACGUGGCUGAGGCAUCUGACGAGCUUGCAUUUCGCAGAGGCGAAGUGCUUACUGUCUUGGAACAGAACACCAAAGGUUUAGAAGGCUGGUGGCUCUGCUCUCUCCGGGGAAAACAGGGAAUCGCCCCUGGAAAUCGGCUGAAAAUAUUGUCUGGCCUGAGUGAGGGUACAAUGAAAGAAGAAACACUGACUAAG